AAGCACCGGAAGCUGUACAUCACUCUGAACCGUGUUGACGCAGCUUACAGGAACUACACACAUUGUGUUCAUCGCUGCUGUUUUUUCCACAAGAUGACGAACAAACAUCACGAUAAAUAAAAGAGAACAGCAGCGCGCGCAGAGACCCGCGGCUCUUUCUAUUAAUAGCAGCGCGUCAUGGACUCGGAGCUGGUGGCCCGAGAGAGGAGCGGACACACGGCCGUGGUGGAGGGAGACCUGCUCCAUGUGUGGGGGGGUUACCUGUCAAUUGCGGAUGAGGAAGUUUUCCUUCCCAACAAUGAAAUCUGGGUCUACGACUUGGAACGAGGCGCAUGGGAAGUGUUUCCCAUGUCCGGUGAAGUCCCCCCCUCUAUGUCUGGCACCUGUGGCUGCUCUCUGAAUGGGCACUUGUACAUAUUUGGAGGUUGUGAUCACAAUGGACAAACCAAUGAGAUUUAUUGUGUCAACCUGACAGAUGGUAAAUACACAUGGAGGAAGAUCAGGCAUGAGAUUGGUUCUCCUCCUUCACCCCGAGACAAACUGUCCUGCUGGGUUUACAACGAAAGCAUCAUCUACUUUGGAGGAUAUGGUCGCAAACUGCUGACUAAUGUUGAUAGGAGGAACAGAAGCUUCAUUGUUGAUGAAGCAUCAUGGAUGGAGGACGUCCUCUGGGGAUGGAACAACGAGGUUCAUGUAUUCGACGCCGUUAAGUCCUGUUGGAGUGAGCCACAGACCCAUGGCCGCGCUCCAGCCCCCAGGGCCGCUCACGCCAGUGCCGCAGUCGGCUGCAGAGGAUACGUUUGUGGAGGCAGAGUCAUGGAAACCAGGACGAGUGACAUUCACUGCCUAGACUUUCAAACAUGGACAUGGUCGGAAAUAAUUCCAGUUUCCGCCUCUCCGGUGGGCCGAUCGUGGCAUACGCUCACGGCCGUAUCUGACGGCGGACUGUUCCUUUUCGGAGGUCUCAGUGUAGAGUGCAAACCAAUGAGUGAUGGGUGGUUGCUUGAUGUUGAAACCAAGAAUUGGAGAGAAGUUGAGCACCCUUAUAAAAAUAAGCCAAGGUUGUGGCACACGGCAAGUCCAGGCAAAGACUCUGAUGUCAUUGUAUUUGGUGGAAGCUGUGACUCUAUUCUCCUUGUUGACACUGGUCACUGCAAUGAUGCACUUGUUUUCCAGACGCAGCCGUAUCCUCUUUUCAGGAUUUGCGAGGAUUUUAUUGCAAUGAAUUUGAUGAACUGUGAGACACUGAGAGAUCAGCUUCAUCUCCUUCCUCCCAAACUGCUCACGGCAGUACAGACGAGGAUGUCUUUCUACAGGCCCUCAAAGAAGCAAAGAUAUUAGUUCAAAGAAUGUUAGCAUUGCUACAAACAAUGCAGCCAUAAUUUAUUUUUUAAGUACUUCCUACAGUGCAAACAUUCCAGUCACACUGUGGGCAGUGUUUUUAUUUUUAAAAUAUAUUCUGCAAACAUAUUUAUGGUUUAUUUAGUUUUAGAGAUGCAGAUUUUAUUGUGUACACUCUACCUGCCGAAUACUCUCAAACCUGUAAUGCCUGUGAUGACCGUGGUGAUUAAAUGGCACAUCAAACCA